CAUAGAAGAACAAAGAGGUUUCCACCCACAAGAGAGAGAAUAUAAAAGGCCCUGGAAGCCUCUCCAUAUGGUCUUCAGCUGGCUCAAGAGAUGGCCUCUUCACUCCAAAAAGAUGCCUGAAAGGAACUGGAAGAAAGGACUGUAACUACAAGGGUGUGAGUAAUUGCUGGACCCAGACCAUAAAUUACAAUGUUGGUCUGAAAAGGAUUGUACCUGAGAUGACACCUAGAGUCAAAAACAAAAAUCAAGAUAUAAAGAAAAUCAAUAUUAUGAAAUAACAUCAUAUCAUGUCACAACCAGAUCAACAGUAAUCUUGCUCUGGAAAUCUGACUUCCUAAGAACACACAAGACAUGUGGUUACAGAUGGAUCAUCAGUAGUACUUUAAAAAUAUACAGGCCGGUGGUACAGGAUCAAGUCCAUAUGGAGGCUGAAUCUCCUGUUUCCCAUGGAGUCACUGGCAAGCAGGUGAUACAUACUACUUUCUUAUCAGCCCUGAAGAUGUUGGAUGUUGGAAAAUGGCCAAUUUUUGCUCUCUGCUCUCAAGAAGAACUGAAGUUAAUUCGUCAAGCCUGUGUAUUUGGCAGUGCUGGUAAUGAAGUGUUGUAUGCAACUGAAAAUGAUGAGGUGUUUGUGCUUGGCACCAACUGCAGUGGCUGUUUGGGAACAGGCGACAUUCAGAGCACUAUUGAACCACAGAAAUUAGAUACUUUAUGUGGCAAAAAGAUAGCCUGUCUGAGCUAUGGAAGUGGUCCUCAUGUUGUUAUUACUACUGCAGAAGGAGAAGUGUACACAUGGGGCCAUAAUGCUUAUAGUCAACUGGGCAAUGGUACAACAAAUCAUGGUUUAGUUCCCUGUCAAGUCUCUACUAACUUGAUAAACAAGAAAGUAAUUGAAGUCGCCUGUGGCUCUCACCAUUCCAUGGUGUUAACAUCUGAUGGAGAGGUGUAUGCAUGGGGCUAUAAUAAUUCAGGACAGGUUGGAUCUGGUUCAACAGCUAAUCAGCCAAUUCCUCGAAGAGUUACCAGCUGCCUACAAAAUAAGAUAGCUGUUAAUAUAGCUUGUGGACAGAUGUGUUCAAUGGCUGUUGUAGAAAAUGGGGAGGUCUAUGUCUGGGGUUACAAUGGUAAUGGCCAGCUUGGAUUGGGCAGCAGUGGUAAUCAGCCAACGCCUUGUAGAAUAGCUGCUUUGCAAGGCAUUCGUGUGCAGCGGGUUGCCUGUGGCUAUGCACAUACAUUAGUGCUAACAGAUGAAGGUCAGCUGUAUGCAUGGGGAGCCAAUUCGUAUGGUCAGUUAGGCACUGGCAAUAAAAGUAACCAGUCUUACCCUGCACCAGUUACUGUUGAUAAGGACAGAGUUAUAGAAAUUGCAGCCUGCCAUUCUGUUCACACUUCUGCUGCUAAAACCCAGGGUGGCCAUGUGUAUAUGUGGGGUCAGUGCCGUGGCCAGUCUGUGAUUCUUCCACACCUUACGCACUUUGCCUGCACAGAUGAUGUGUUUGCUUGUUUUGCUACUCCUGCUGUGACAUGGCGUCUCCUAUCAGUAGAACCUGAUGACCACCUAACAGUAGCCCAAUCACUGAAGAAGGAAUUUGACAACCCUGACACUGCAGACUUGAAGUUUCUAGUGGAUGGAAAAUAUAUUCAUGUUCAUAAAGUCCUUCUCAAAAUUAGGUGUGAGCAUUUUCGUUCCGUAUUAAAUAACAAUGAUGAUGAUGUUAUAGAAAUGAGUGAAUUCUCUUAUCAAGUUUACCGAGCCUUCCUGGAAUAUCUGUACACAGACAACAUCAGUCUCCCUCCUGAGGAUGCAAUAGGGCUGCUAGAUUUGGCAACAUUCUAUAGAGAAAAUAGAUUGAAAAAGCUUUGCCAGCAAACUAUCAAACAAAGCAUUUGUGAGGAGAAUGCAAUUGCUCUUCUUUCAGCUGCAGUCAAAUAUGAAGCUGAGGACUUAGAAGAAUUUUGCUUCAGGUUUUGUAUAAACCACUUGACUGUAGUUACACAAACUACAGGCUUUGCAGAAAUGGACCAUGACCUCUUGAAGAACUUCAUUAGCAAAGCAAGCAGAGUAGGAGCAUUUAAAAACUGAAGAAUGCUUGCUGCAAAGGAAGAUUAUUUCAUCAUGGGAACACUUCCCCUUUGAAAAACGUAUCAGCACUCAGAAUGCCUGAAAGAAAAGAGGACAACAUCCGUUAAAGUCAGUGUCACUGUCGAUGGGCAGAUUUAGUAAGCUUCCAAGUAAUGCACAAGCUUUGUGAAGAUGGGUAUAGUAUAGAAUAAACAAUAGAUAUAAACAAUCUGCCAACAACUUAGGUUUAAAAAAAAAUCCUAAUGGAAUAAUUAAGUUUUCUGUUAAAAUUAAGUGGAAUGGUCACUAUUUUCCAUUUGUAGUCCUUGGUUUUUUUUCAUGAAAUAUUUUCAAAAACAGCUCUUUAACAUCUUCAUCUGAGUUUACUGGAUAGCAUGAAGCUGGCUGUUGCUAAAGCUUCAUUAUGCACCUUUAAGGUCAAUGAAAGUAAAUGUACUAAAAGAAGGUUCCUUUCUGGUUAAUUUAUCACACCCUCUAGAGAAGUGUUGAGAUAGAAGCUUGUUUUGCUAAAUAUAGGCUAAAGGAAUACAUCAUAAAAAUCCCUCUUAAAAGAACCAGUAAUAUAAAGGAAAAGCCACAGAAUGGAUACUUUGUGAAUUAGGAGCAGCAAAGGCUCAAGAGAAGACUAUGCUGAAUUUAUUUAAGUAUGAAGGACUUAUUUUAAAGUGCUAGUUUUUAGUUCUUGGCUCUUAAAGACAUUUUCUCAGACGAAAAACAAUUGGUUCUUUUUUCCAAGGACUUUACCUCACCUUUCCAGUGGAACAGUAACUUCUAAUUGGUUUUGUCACGUAAUGAGUUAUUUCACUGUUAGUUUUGCUGCUCAGAAACGCACCUCUUCACCUGCCAUGAAAAAUAAACUCAACAAAAAGGAAUUAUCAGUUGACUUUUCUGCCAGUGUUUACAGAUAAGACAGGUGCUUGACAUGAAUUAUGUGUGUGGGAGGAGGAAUAGGGGAAGUUAUAAAUCAAUUCAAUGAUUAAAUCAUGAAAGUUAAACUCAGUCUUUUCAAGUGGUAACCAGGUGCCAUUCAAACAAACACUUGUUAAAGCAGUAGGUGGAGGAGGUUUCAGUAUGCUAUGCUUGCAUGGAAAGACUUUUGCACUGUGACACAGGCUGUUGAGAUUAUAAAAUAUUUAUCAGUUUUGGUUUCUGUUAUGAUACAGAAGACUAAUUUGCAUGUAAAUUACUUAAUCUAAUUUCUGUUAAAAGAAUAGGUGAACUGGCUUCAAAAACUGAUGGGCUAGUGGUUAGAACACCACACUAGCCUUGCUCUGUCAUAGACAUCCUUUGUACCCUUGGACACGUCGACAUAGCAGCUGGGAGAUGUAAUUCCUAGUUCUGGUUCCAUACAUCUGCUAGCUCUGCUCCAGUUAGCACCUAAAAACUGCAGCAUGACUAUCCUGGUGUUACCCCAAAACCAGACUUAUGGUACCACCAGAAUAGCUUAUCUGUUGCCCCCUCCUGGGUUUAGCAGAGGUUCCCUUCCAGGUAGCCUCCUAACUUAUUACUCUGUUUCUGCAGGGUGAAAGGGGACCCAUCCUAGAGGAAUUACUCAGGUUUACUAGAAGUUUCUUUUUAGAAAAACUCCCCAGAAUAUCUUAGACCAGUUACCCUUGGGAGGACUCGGAUACAGCCUUCCAGUAGAAUUGGUAGAUACAUAGGCAGUACUUUUCCAAAAGAAAGUAUCUUUUAUUACAGUAGCACACUGAUGAUCCCUGGCUACAAUGUAAUCUAAGCAUAAAGCUCUGGAAAUGAAUCCCUUAACACAAUUUCUUAAUACAGAUUGAAAAAUAUCCCAACUGCAAUGUCAUACAAUUAGAACAGUAUUAAGUGUUGCACCCUGCAUACGGUGAUCAGCCAUGGGCAGUCGCUGAGUGCAAUCUUAAAUUUCAACUUUAUAUAUCUAAAACAUUCAUAACACACACCUUUAUUAACCCAGACAUCCAUACACAGGCUCAUUAAUACUAUUUCUGUUCCGUAUUUGCACUAUACCUAGCAUGCUUACUCACCGUAGGUGUCUGUCCCUCUGCUCUCUCAGGGUCUGUUCUGUUCUAUAGCACAGCCAAUACAGUUACUUUUAUUUUAAUUCUUCCCCAAUUUUUAGCUAAUGGUGGCAAAAUGAUGUUUUUAGUGCUGUGCUUAGGAAACAGAAGUGAGCUGCUCCAAAAUCUCUAGUAUCACUGGUCUGAGCAGUGGCUUGGGCUAGUCAUCUGAGAAUAAGCCUGCCCGUGCCCCUGGGUACGUGCUUGGAUAGCUAGCCUGAGCUGCUGUGGCCACAGUUAUUUUUAGGCACUAGCUAGUGCACGUACAGCAACCCAAGCUGGAAAUAACAUCUCCCAGCUGCUGGGUACAGGUACCCUGAGCCUAUGUCUCAGUUCUGCCUCUGCUAGGAGGGGAUAAUAGCACUUCCCUACCUUACAGGGGUUUUGUGAGGGUAAAUCUAUUAACUUGUGAGGUGCUUAGAAAUGAUGGUAGAUAGACCAGAUUCAACCCACAACUAGAAAUAUUCUUUAAUCUGCUGUGUCACUAUUGUCUAACUAGUAGAGCUGGUCAAAAGUUUUUCUGAUGGGACUUUUUAAUGGAAUGGAAAAUGCCCUUUUGUAAAAACAAACACACCAGUUUCAUUUAGAAAUUGUUGAAAAUGCAUUUUGAUGAGGCCAAAACAUUAGUUUGACACUUUUGGAACAAAAUGUUUCAACUUUUGGUUUUGGGGCCACUGUUUCAUAGGAAAUUUUGAAACAGUAAAUGAAACAUUUUCAGCUGAGAUAAAACAGGUUUUCAUAAAGCUCAGUUUGCAAGAAACUUCAAAAUCACAAUUUCCUGUGAAAUGAAAAUUUAGGCAUCUGCAUUCUACUAAAUAGUCUGCAUGGAGUGACUAAGGAAACAAGGAUGCGUUUGUAGAUGAGUCUGACAAGAAAACCAAUUCUGAGCAGUGUCUAUCACCCUUUAGUCUCUUCGCCAUGAGCAUUAUUUCAGGUCAUGCUGUGCACACCAAAGCUUGGGCUGUUUUCUUUCAGACAGCUUUUUAUUUUUGUAGUAGUGACCCUGGGGGACUAACUCUUUGAGAGAACUUCUCUGCAGUGAGGUCUGUUUUGAGGAUAAAAUGCAGACAUCUUGGUUUGUUCAUUCAAUGAGGAUUUUUAUGCAUUUAAUUCUUGACCCGAACAAUUUAAUAGUAUUUUUAUACACUGCUAUAUGCACAUGUAGUAAAAAUAUAUUUAUUUAGCUUUCAUUCACAUUACUCAUUAAACAAGUUACUUUCCUUUGCACUUAAGGGUCCAGCCUUCAGAAGUGUACUGACCUGAUGCUUGGAAACCAAAAUGCAUGUGUGUUUAUACAGGUGCAUGCUUGAACAGCAAUGUGAGGACAUUAAAUCCAGCCUGGGCGGUAACGGUUUUAUAUUUUUUUGUUUUUGACGCUUGAGGAUGCUGCCACCACUACUCCUCUUGACCUUGGAGUGGGAUCCAUUGUUAGCCAGUAUUAAAUGUGUUUCCGGAGACUCCAGUUCAGACAGCAAUGAAAAAAUAUUUGUAGACAUUUUGGACUGUAAUCCUAGGCAGGUGAGGUAUUCAUUCAAAAACUUGACUGAUGGCCUAAAAUAUCCUUGGACAGCUAAACAAGAGACUCCUCCAACUAAUCACUGGGGAAAACAGGCAAAUAAAUAUUUCUUGAAUUAAAUGGAACUUAAAAGGAAUAAAAGUAAACUACUACAAUAAAGGGGCUAUCACAGUGAUUGAUGUUAGUAGGUUCAGCCUCAUGGUGUUUUCUAGGACCCACCUUUGGAAUGAUGGAGCUUUAUUACAAAGCCUGUUCACUGUGUAAAUUGCUGUAGUAUAUAAAUGCUUUUUAUAUAAACUGAAGAUAAUUGUUUUCUUGGGAUUACUUUGUAAAAUAAAACCUUUAUCCAUUAGCAUGACAAAUUUUGCUUGACCCCUAAGGAUGUAGCCCUAUCAUAAUACAAUAUCCAGCUAACUUCAGAUUUCUGUAAAAACUCAUAUGGCUUAAUAGACAACUAAUAAAACGGUUAUAUUUAGGA